ACCAGCGCGGCAGUUUGAUGCCAGUAGACAUAUCUGUGCAGCAGAGUAAACUAGAUUUGUUGAGGAUGCCUAAACUCGAAGCUAUGGAUAUGUACUCGCAGAACAUGUGGGCCCAUGUAGAGGAGAACCCGAGCAAGAGGAGAUGUAUCGAGCAGGACACCAAGCUCCACCACAUGAUAGGUAAAGUGUCACCCGGAUCAGAGAAUAUUUCGCACUGCGACCAGGAAACAAAGGACACAAAAGUAACUCAGAAGAAGCGAGGAAUAUUCCCUAAGUCAGCAACCAACAUAAUGAAGGCAUGGCUGUUCCAACAUCUCACGCACCCGUAUCCGUCAGAAGACCAGAAAAGGGCCUUAGCACAGGACACCGGUCUCACUAUUCUUCAAGUUAACAACUGGUUCAUCAAUGCUCGAAGGAGAAUAGUCCAGCCAAUGAUCGACGCUUCCAACCGAACAGGAAAAGCUCCUGUCGUCACAGUCUUCAAAUCCCGUCGGAGGAAACCAAGUGGUGGAAUGAUCCAUUCUCCAGUGGGCCCGGGCAUCAGAGCUCCACCCCCACUCAACAUGAGUCCUAACAUGCCGCAGACUAUUGCUAUUAACCCAACCAUCAACAACAACUACUACGGAGACUUCGCUCUAAUCUCGGACCCACACUGUAUGACGGGAUCAGGACCGUACGUAGCUCCUCCCUGUACCACUACUGGUCCUCACUCCCCCUACUCCAACCAGUGCUACAGGAACAUGAGGACAUCUCCCUACUUCGGACAGAGUCCGAUGAUGUUCCCGACAAGUUCGAGCCCCUCCAACUUGACCCACCUCUCUCCGCCCCACCUACCCCCAAGUGCAGGACUCUCCCACCCCUCUUCCAUGUACAACUCCACCAGUCCUGGAUCCAUGAUGGCGACUAGUCAGAGCUACAUUCCAGACUUUACUCCCGUUAGCCUCGGUCUCACUUCAGGUCCGUCAGGCCUUCCAGCAGUGGAUACAACCGUCAGAUAGUUUCUCUACCACGUGACUUGAACCGUCACCAUAACGACCUUAUCUCGACAUUAUCUCUCGUGGUUACCAUGACGAUGUUAUAUAUCACGUGAUGAUG